AUGAAGGACCCCGUCGCUAGAACCGAUUCUCCCUACACCGAUCCCUCAGUCAAAGGACCCCGAAGCCAACUCUUCACCAACAGACCAUCUUCCGCCGCCGUCAACAUGCUCGUCAAUACCGUCAACAAGACCGGACUCCAUCCCGGUGGUAUCAUACCCCAAAGUGAUCACACCGAGCUAGAGGAGGAGCUCCACGAGAAAGCCCACAUCGACUACACCCGAGUCGCAAUUAUCCCCAACCCCUCAGUCGCCGCCCUCUACGAAGAUGCGCUCGUGUACGAGACCGGCACCGCUGUCGCAUCAAGCGGCGCUCUGACCGCCUACUCCGGCAAGAAGACCGGCCGCUCUCCGCUAGAUAAGCGUAUUGUGAAAGAGUCAACAUCAGAAAACGACAUCUGGUGGGGACCUGUCAACAAGCCCAUGGAUCCUGAGGUCUGGAAGAUCAACCGUGAGCGCGCCGUUGACUACCUCAACACUCGGAAUCGCAUCUACGUUGUCGAUGGCUAUGCCGGGUGGGAUGAGAAGUAUCGCAUCAAGGUGCGCGUUGUCUGCGCACGCGCCUACCACGCGCUCUUCAUGCGCAACAUGCUCAUCCGGCCACCGCGCGAGGAGCUCGAGCACUUCCACCCGGAUUACACAAUCUACAAUGCCGGACGCUUCCCCGCCAACCGUUACACCGAGGGCAUGACCUCUGGCACGUCAGUUGCCAUCAACUUUGCCGAAAAGGAGAUGGUCAUCCUGGGUACCGAGUACGCCGGUGAGAUGAAGAAAGGCAUCUUCACCGUCAUGUUCUACGAGGGCCCUAUCAAGCACAACAUCUUGACGCUGCACUCGUCUGCCAAUGAGGGCAAGAACGGCGAUGUCACCCUGUUCUUCGGUCUGUCCGGAACCGGCAAGACGACUCUGUCCGCGGACCCCAACCGCAUGCUCAUCGGCGACGACGAGCACUGCUGGAGUGACCGUGGUGUGUUCAACAUUGAGGGCGGCUGCUACGCCAAGACGAUUGGGCUCUCGGCCGAGAAGGAACCCGAUAUCUUCGGCGCCAUCCGCUUCGGCUCGGUGCUUGAGAACGUCGUCUUCGACCAGGACACCCGCGUUGUUGACUACGACGAUUCGACUCUGACGGAGAACACCCGUUGCGCCUACCCGAUCGAGUACAUCAGCAACGCCAAGAUCCCCUGCCUGUCGGAUAACCACCCUUCCAACAUCAUCCUCCUCACCUGUGACGCUAGGGGCGUCCUCCCGCCCAUCUCGAAGCUCAACAGCGCCCAGACCAUGUUCCACUUCAUCAGCGGCUACACCUCCAAGAUGGCCGGUACCGAGGAAGGCGUGCUCGAGCCCCAGGCGACCUUUUCGUCGUGCUUCGCGCAACCUUUCCUCGCGUUGCACCCGAUGCGCUACGCCAAGAUGCUCGCGGACAAGAUUGAGUCGCACAACGCCAACGCUUGGCUGCUCAACACCGGCUGGGUCGGCGCCGGCUUCGCCCAGGGCGGCAAGCGCUGCCCGCUCAAGUACACGCGCGCCAUCCUCGACGCCAUCCACAGCGGCGAGCUCGCCAAGGUCGAGUACGAGAACUACGAUGUCUUCAACCUGCAGGUGCCCACGUCCUGCCCCGGCGUGCCGGCGGAGCUGCUGAACCCCAAGAAGGCCUGGACUGCGGGUGAUGACAGCUUCAAUGCUGAGGUUACCAAGCUCGGCUCCCUGUUCCUGGAGAACUUCAAGAAGUACGAGAGCGAAGCAACCGAGGAUGUCGUCAAGGCUGGCCCGGUUGUGUAA